AGACAGGAGUGCUGGCUUUAGAGGGAAGUAAAGGCCUGCUAAGAUGGCACUGGCCAGUUCACUUUCUAGCAAACCAGGAUCACCACGGUCCAGAGAAGUUUCUACAGCAGAAGUGGAAGUGCACAAGAGCAAACUGGACUUUUUCUGUAAGCUGGGCUAUGGUAAGCAGGACAUCUGCAAGGUGCUGGAAAACUUAGGCCAAGAGGCCCUGGAGGAUGAUGUGUUGAAAGAGCUGAUUCGGAUGGGAAGCAAACCUCAAGCUGUGGAGAGCCAGGCUCAGUCUCCCUUGUUAGAACUGGUUCCCCGCGGAUCAUGUAGCACCGUGCCAGGGUCAAAGUGGCUUAGAGAAGAUGAAAGUGACUCUUCCAAUUGCUUGAGACCCAUUGUGAUCGAUGGCAGCAACGUUGCAAUGAGUCAUGGAAACAAAGAAGUAUUCUCCUGCUGGGGGAUCCAGCUGGCAGUGGAUUGGUUUCGCGAGAGGGGGCACACCUACAUCAAGGUUUUUGUACCACUCUGGAGAAAGGAGGCCCCUCGACAAGACAGUCCCAUUGCAGAUCAGCACAUUCUUGGAGAGCUGGAGCAGCAGGCGGUCCUCGUGUACACCCCGUCCCGCAAGGUGAAAGGCAAGAGGGUGGUUUGCUACGACGAUCGCUACAUAGUGAAAGUUGCUUACGAGGCAGAUGGAGUCAUUGUUUCCAACGACCACUACCGGGACCUCCAGAAUGAAAACCCUGAGUGGAAAUGGUUCAUCGAGCAGCGACUGCUCAUGUACUCCUUUGUCAGUAACAGGUUUAUGCCUCCCGAUGAUCCAUUAGGCCGGCACGGACCCACUCUUAGUAACUUCCUCAGCAAAAGGCCAGUGCCUCCCGAACCAAAAUGGCAGCCUUGCCCCUAUGGCAAAAAAUGCACCUAUGGCAAUAAAUGCAAGUUUUACCACCCAGAGAGGCCACAGCAAGCUCAGCUCCCCGUUGCUGAUGAGCUCAGGGGCAAUACGAAGCUGUUAAGCCUGGUGAAAGAGGGGAAGUAUAACCACUCGCCUUACGGGACUGGAGGAGAGCCUGCACCCUGUGACAUCAGCACAAGAAUGCUGCAAGAUGCUGGUGGCAGAGCAGGGACCUCCUACUACCCAGGGUGGCCCUACGGGAGCUGUCCUGAACACCUGUGGGGUGCCUGGGCCAGUGGCCCUGGCUGUCUCCUGAGACCAGAGCAGCAGGUGCUACAGCCAAAGCCACUGCCAGAUCAGCCUCUCCUGGAGAAGAUGUCAGUUCUGUCCAUUAGUGAUGACACCUAUGGCUACAACUGGCCUGCAGACAGCUCUCAUGACAGAGAGCUGACAGACAGCCCUCAUCAGCGUGGCGACCUCAGGCACAACCUAUGCUUGCUUCAUUACCUUCACGGCUCGGACCAUGCCCGCUGCCAGGAAUGCCUUCCUCAGCAACCAGUGCUGCCGCCUGCGCGGGGCAGGAUGCGCCCAGGCCGCCGCUGGCCUCAGGGCUGCUGUGGGAGGCACGGGACAGGUCAGAAGAGCUGCUAUGCCCCUGAUGGUGCUCAGCACAACCAGGCCCUUGAGGCUCAGCACCAUGUCUUGCCACAGCCUGCAGCUCUUCUCCCCAGCGCAGUGCAGUUUCUCAGCAAGCAUCAGGCGCAGCACCACUGUCCCCCCAGCUGGCCUCCACAGCAGCCCACUCUGUUAGGCUCCAGUCAUGGAUCUGGCUUCCUCCAGAAAGCUCAUGCCUACCCUGUUGCCUCUUACAGUGACUACUGGCCCACUCCAGCUGCAAGGCCACUGCCUGCCCAGCAAACAAACAUACGUAGGGAACUGUGCUCCCUUUUCCCCUGCAGUGAGGUGAACCACAUCAUGGCUCUGUACCCUGACAUCAAGGAUAUUGCUAGCUUGACUUUACUCAUUCAAAGACACAGAAACUUGUGAGGCCUCCAGAUGAGACCUUUCCAAGCAAGUCCUGGGGCAAAAAAGGAUGCUGCUCUGAGGCUUAACUAACUAUGAACAAAGGGCUUUACAGCAAGGGUUACAGCUGUUCCAGGAGCACAAAUCUAAGCACCAAUUAGCAAUGUAGCACAGGGCACCAAGUCAAGGUGAAGGCUGCUGUGCACUGCAGUGAAUAUUAAGGCUCAGGGCUAUUGGCAUUUGAACCAAACUGGGUUCAUGAUGGCAUAGAUCUUCAUUAAUACCUUGAAACACUAAACAUGUUUUUCAAGUACUAGCCUAUUGCUCAGCUGCUGCAGAAGAGUCCAGCUUCAAGGUCCCCAGCAAAGGGCUCUCCAUCGAUGCUCCCAUGACUACUUGCUCAGCUAGAAUAAAAAGCAAGCUGGCCUAUUUCCCCUAACAAAGAGCUGGCAUCUUUGGGGCCAUGUUAUUGCCUGGUACAGGCCUGUAUCACAGAGCUUUCAAAGAUACAUCUCAUGUUUAUAAACUAGCAGAGGUGGUAGUGGCACACCACAGCACUAGAAGAUAGCUGCAGGUGCUGGAUGUUAGGAGGAAGUUGUUGGCAGAGAGAGUGAUUGGCAUUGGAAUGGGCUGCCCAGGGAGGUGGUGGAGGCACUGUCCCUGGAGGUGUUCAAGCAAAGCCUGGAUGAGGCACUUAGUGCCAUGGUCUGGUUGACUGGCUAGGGCUGGGUGCUAGGUUGGCCUGGAUGAUCUUGGAGGUCUCUUCCAACCUGGUUGAUUCUAUGAUUCUAUAUGAUACAAGUGAAAUUAGGAAAGCUCUCUUCAGUGUAACUGCUACUGUGGACCAUGGACUCGGGGGUGUUAAUUCAAACAAAGGAAAAAACAAGGUGAUGCCAAGGGGGAAAGUAUUUUUGUUGUAGCAGACAAAAAAAAAUUAAUAUUGAUAGGUUAACCCUUAAACAGUAAACAUGGUCCCACAGUGCAUUUCUAUUGCUGAUGUAUGAUUACAAACAUUUAAACUGUGUUCUGUAAGGACAUGUCUGAUUUCCAGUAAGCUGUAAAGCUGCUAACCUCUGCCUUAUUCCAUUGAACUAAAGCAUUAAGGUUAUCUUGAAGGUUUUUGGGAUUAUACCCAAGUUUAAGUAUGUCAGUAUGACAUGUUUUAAAGUUGCUUUAACACAUUAUAAAAUGGUCCUCUAGAA